AUGGAAGUAGCAAACACUGUUGUGGUUUUCAGUUGCUUUGGCCAGUAUUUUUGUCUACAUUUUGAAGCUUUCCAGCUUGGGAUGGCUCCUGUCUACGUAGCAUUCUUGCGGUUCAUGGGCGAUGAUAAUGAGGCAAAGAACUACAGCUACAGUCUAGAAGUGGGUGGAAAUGGGAGGAAGAUGAUUUGGCAGGGGGUGCCGCGUAGCAUUAGGGAUAGUCACCGGAAGGUUCGUGACAGUUUCGAUGGUCUCAUCAUUCAACGUAACAUGGCUCUCUUCUUCUCAGGGGGAGACCGGAAGGAGUUGAAGCUUAGGGUGACUGGAAGGAUAUGGAAGGAACAGUGA